AUGCGCUGGUUCGCCAAGAUGAUGCACAGCGGGGAGAUGCAGUUGGAGGAGGCCAAGUCUCGGGGCGAGUCGCUCCCAAAAGCGGGGGAUCACAGAGCGGCUGCCAAGUACCUGGACGUGGCGCGUCGUUUGGAGGCGGCCAAGCCACGUGCGAUGUCGGAUCACACUCGCACGCAGCAGGCUCAUUCCCAUGUUCGUCGGCUCGAGAAGCAGAUGGGACAGACUCUGAGUAAGGUGGUUCAUGUGUGUGAACAGCGUGUGGAUGCGGAAGCCACGUUGCGCACGGUGCGAAACCAAGUCAACCAGGCUGACGCUGACUACAAGGCCUCGCUCGCUGCGUUGCAAGGCUCCCACAAGUCUGAGGAGGAGCCGCAGGCCACGGUUGGCUCGUUCAAGCUUGAGGACCUGGUUGCAUGCUUUGCCGACCUCUCAAAGUUCAUCGGCUGCAGUCACAUUAUGGAGGAUCUUUCGGUUGAGGCUGAGGCCGAGGCGAGUGACUUGGAGCAGUUUCAGAAGCGCAAGGAGGAGCUGUCUUCAGGGGUCACGACGCCGGCGAGGGAAAUGCCCGCGCAGGUUGCGGACCAUGCCAAAAAUUUCGAGACCAGCACGGAGCUCAUCGAACACGACUCGCUGCCAAGAAGCGCAAGGUUGCAGGUGGUGCAGCUAUUGCAG